UUUCUCAGAGACCUUGCCAGCUUGCAGCAAAUGUUAGCAGCUUCAAAUUGAGGAAACUGUGGCUGGACAGGCAGUGACACGCUUUGCUACCACAGCCUUGCUACUGCCUGGUGACUGUUGAGCCCGUGUACAGCAGGGUGUCUGGCAGGGGAGAGGAGCUACCUGACUCCUCUAUCCUUUGAGAAUGUUGGGGCCACCAGACCCCUCUGUCCUCACCCUCACCCUGACCUUCCUCCUGCUCUUCAAACAGCACCAGGGCCAAGAAUGCCCAGAUGUUCCUGCCUACAUGAAUGGCCUCUCAGGAAUGCCUCUCAGGUUAUCUCCCCCACUCCUCAACACACAGAGAAAUGUAUACUCUUAUCAGUGGAAGGUGAAGUUGCCCUUCUCUCCAGACUAUUGUGUCAUACUGAAUUGGAAGAACAAACGACUUCAUUCUAAACCUUGCAUUUUGGAUCAUUUCAACAAUAGACUGAAUUAUACAUUUCAGAACAUGGAUCUUCUCAUCACAGCAUCAGAGCCACAGGACAGUGGUCUCUAUGUCCUGGUCAUCACCUUUGAUGAGACUGGGCAUGUUUGUGAAAUCAAGUUCAACGUUUCUGUGUUUGAUCAUGUCAAGAAGCCCCACAUACAGGAGGAGUGGAAGGCCCUGGGAAAAGGAAUAUGCCAAAUGACUCUAUCCUGCCUGGUCAUCAUGGAUGAGCAUGUGAAUUAUACUUGGUACAGAGGGAGCGAGUUGCUCCAGGUGGGGAGGAAUCUCACCUAUGUGGAACAGCGGAGUGAUACUGAUGGCAUGAACACAUAUACCUGCAAUAUCAGCAACCGUGCCAGUUGGGCAAGCCACACCCUGAACAUUACCCAGGGCUGUCCAAGUGCCCACCAGGGAUCCAAAUUUCUUCCCUUUUUGGUGGCCAUCGUGAUUCUGACCAUGCUGUUCCUUGGCACCCUCACCUUCUUCUGCGUGUGGAGGAGGAAGAGGAGGCAGUCGUCAGAGACCAGCCCCAAGGAGUUCCUGACAAUUUAUGAAGAUGUCAAGGACCUGCAAAUCAGAAGAAAUCAAGAACAGGAGCAGGAGCAGAAACCCCCAGAAGGAAGCACCGUCUACUCCAUGAUCCAGGCUCAGACUCCUGCUUCUGCAUCAUCAGAAACUUCAAAUACACUGUAUUCAUUAGUAUAUAAGUCUGGACCCAAGGUGAAGAACCAUAACUCUUCCAUCAGUCACUCUGUCUACGAAGAGGUUGGAAAGAGACCACCUAAAGCCCAGAGCCCCACUCGAUUGAGCCGUGAAGAACUGGAGAGUUUUGAUAUUUAUUCCUAGUUGCUGUAGCUCAUCUCACCUUUCUUGCACAUCAGCCUCUGCUUUGGGAAAUAGCACAGUGGAUGAUGCCACAGGAGUCUACACAGAGCAGUUCCUAGUCUGGAGAAGAUAUGGAAGUUUGUUCAUGGUCUAUAUUUUGUUUUAAAAAUGAUUUCUAAUUGCCAUUACAAGCAUAAGGCUAUUAAGCAAUAUCUCUCAACUUGCAGACAGGACAAAAACAGGUGGAAAUACUGGGUCAUUCACAGAAGACCACAUUCCAAGUAUUUGUAAUCUGUCAAGUAUCAUGUAAAUGGAGUUGGGACUGUCAUUAGCAUGGAGAUUCCCUUUCUCUGGUUUUCUAGCCUGUUACUUGGCUCCCAUCCUCCCAAAUCUGGGAUGACUACAUGUCUUGCCCUGGUCCAUCUCCCAAAGUAAGAAGAGUGAAAGGUGAUGGUGGCUGGGAGGUAGAGGAAGCAGCCCUCUGGCUGUCACUGGCAUGUUCUCCAAAGCCAGGGCCAGAGCUUGAUUCAAAUGCAGAGGGAAAAUUUUCACCCACAUCUCACACCUUACUUCUGGCUAACUGGUCACAAAGGGGUAUGGGCAGCUGUGGGAAUAGACGGUGCAAAGCAAGCCCAUCUCUGGAAAAAACUCAUCGAGGGCGGCGGAUGCUUGGUGCAGCAGUUACAUCACUGUUUGGAAGGCCCCCAUCCAGUAUCAGAGUGCUUGGAUUAAGCCCUGGCUUCUCUGCUUCCCAUCCAACUUCCUGCUAAUGUACUCUCUGGGAGGUAGCAGACGAUGGCUUAAGAGCUUUGGUCCCUACAACCGACAUGGGAGACCUGGAUUGAGCUCCAGGCUCCUGGCUUUGGCAUGGCCUAGCCCUAACUGUUGUAGGCAUUUGGGGAAUGAACCAGCCAAUGGAAGAUUUUCUCUCUGUUUCUCUCUCCCUUUUAAAUAAAAUGAAAAUAAAUAAACAUUUUUAAGAGGAAAGAAAAGUCACCGAGAGUUUAUAAUCACAGGAAGACCAGUUUUACCCUUAGUGUAUGUGUGUGCUGUUUGAUUGACUACAGCACAUUAUGAGAAAGCUACUGUGGUCUGUUCCUGGAAGAGGAGGCUCCUAGGAAGCCAUAGUCUUAAAGUUUGGUGUCCAGAUGAUGCUUCGCAUGAUAUGCACUCAGGCAGCUGAAUACUGACUAUGAGGCAAGAGGACCCGGGCACCAUGCUGGGUUCCCCCAGUCUUCAGAGCACACCUUUCAACAAGACUAUGAAGAGCAGGGCUGAGACUCUGAGCCCAGGAAAGGGAAAAGGAUAAGCUGGACAAUGACUUACUCAGAGACCCCAGCUGCUAAAAAGGCAUCACUGGGAACGGCAGUCAAGACAGGGUUCCAGCUGCAGGUGGGAGAUGCAGUGUCAGUUUGCAGAAGAUGCUUCCAUCUGAGGUUUCAUGUGCAUGGCCAUCUAGAAUUUUACUGCUUCAAGUCUAGAGAAAAUGAAACUAAGAAGCAGAUUAAACCCACAGGGUAUAAAACAAAGGACAGAGUCAUUAUUAGAGGACCUAAGAAAAGUGCUGUCUAAACCAUGAGGAAGUUUUCCCAUUGAGAGGCAAAUAGAAACUGACAGAAGGGGCGUGAUAACAAGCAGGUGGGCUUUAAGGUCUGGCCAGGUAUGAGGUGCAGACCGACCCAUCUAUCUCCUCACAUGGGUUACCAGAGGAGACAUCAUAAGGGAGGUGGCCCUGCAUUCUUAGGCUGGGUUGGCCCUACAUCCUGUAUUCUUCUCCACUUCAUCGUCUGCAAUCUUUUCCAACUAGCCUGCCCACAGAGAGGAAGGCCCACCAAGUUUGAAAAGCUAGCUCAGCCCAGCCCCCAUCAUGGCCCUUACUUGGCUUGUGCUAUAUAAACCCAGCCCAUCACUAAAUUAUUGCUCUCUGCUACGUGUUCACUCUGUGUGCACACUGGUAGUUAGCCACCUUUGUGAAUUUAUUUCCCUUUAAUAAAUUCUAUUUGGCUGUGAAAAGAAAGAGAACAGCUUUGGGAACACAGUGAACAUCACAGGUUUAACCUCAAGGUCAGUCUCAAACUGGCACAAUCUUGAAGUCAGAAUGAGGCAGAUGAUGGCUAAAUUGAACCAUAUAUCUGAACAAGUGCUCAGUGAGCAGAAUCUUUUUGUUUCCAGAUCAAAUUCCUUUUUCUUCCCACCAGUGAUAUCUUCUACUUCCAACAUCUGAGAAACCCUUGGGAACUCCACAGCGAACAUAUUAACAAAUUAAGUAGUCAUGUAGUGUUUCCUUUCCAGUUGAGACUUUUCAGCCCUUCCUUCACCAAAAGAUACAGCACAAGUCCUCAAGAUCAAGGAUGGGGCCUUAAACAUGUAUGAGUCCCUGUGGCUCUCAGUCCAGUUCUGGGCGAACAAAUGGUGCUAAAUAAUUACUUACUGAUUGAUUCUUUGAUCAGAGAGAAAUGCAUAAUUGAAAAUCUUUUAGAGUAUUUUUAAAAACCAUAUCUUGAAAGUAUUACAUGGAAGAUAUUUAGGAGAAGGGUCAAAAACAAUAGUAUGAAUGGAUCUGAUGUCUUAGAAAAGAGAAUAAGGAGGAUGUUAGUGUGGGGUGCAUAGCAGGUAGAUUCUAAGCUAUGAGAAUCUAAGAUCUUCAGUUGAAAUGGCCUGGGGAAUGCUUCCUCAUUUUAUAGAGCUUGGGAAAUAAAGAAUUGUUUUCACAAUCUGAAAUUUUUCUAUGGAGCAAUAGAUUGUGGGUAAGCUCUCUUUCUUCUGAGGAACUGAGGUCUUUCCCCAUAGCAAACCAACCCUUGGAUUAGCCUUAAUUAUGAAAUUAAAGGUUUCCAGAGUUUCAUCAUCAAUCCUUGAGGAGAGGAGUCCACCUCAACACCUCUGGUUUCACAUGAGGUGGAGAUUCCUUAGUGCAGUGGGGAUAGUGCCUCUAGUUCUCCAACACCUCUCUUAUUAGUGGUCCAAGAAUGAGUGUUGGGGGUAAGUGCCUCUAUUCCAAGGGACCCCCAGACUUGAUGAACAUGGAGAGAGCCAUGAGUUGCUGUCCAUAUGCUCCUGAUCCUGUCCCCUGCCCCCAGCUCCUGAUGAUAGCCUUGGAACUGAGAGGAGGAGGACAGUGUAUAGAUCCUAAGGCUCACCUGCGAAUUGAGGAACAUUGGCAUAUACUCUGUGUCCCCUUCAGCCACAGACUCGACAGCUGUGUCAUCUGUGGGGAUGAGACCCUGCUCUGCUUGCCCUUCAGAGGCUGCAUCUUCCUGAGGGAUUAUGUCAUGCACUUCAUCUCUUCCAUCGGCAGCUUCUGCCCGUUGGUCCUCUCAGCCUCUUUGGUUGAGAUGUUGCUGUCUGAGGUGGGUCUAGGAUGCUGCCUGGCAGUCCAGCUUCGCACAUCCUUGGAAGAUCAUGUUAUAUAGCAUGUGGCCAGCCAAGGAUUCUGGAAUACAUAGUUCAGAGUUGAUCAUCCCCACACCUCUAUUACUUUAUUGCAAAGAUUUAACAUGCUCCGACUCCUGCCUGAGAUGAGCCCCAGAGAACUGAAGAAGAGAUUUGUUUUUGUCUUCCCUCUCUCAAGGUGUUUCACUCCGUUCUCCCUUCCUCCUUCCUUUCAAGUAUUCAUUAUUUAUUCAUCCACUUGGUAAACAUUCAACAAGCAUAUGAUGGACUCAGCAACUCCUAAUAAGCAGAACUGGUCCUGUUGGAUAACCUUCACCAAGAGCCAAGACAAGUACUCUUAGGAAACAUGAAGAUGAACCAGACUUGGUUUUCAAGAAGUAGUCUAUCUAGCAAGGAUAGGAAUUGAGGGUUGGAUCUGUAUAUAAAUCAACUAAUGUGGGACCAACUCUAGCAAUUAUGGGAAGUUUGAGGGAAGUGCAGAUGUGAGAGGAGGUGGCCUCUUGUUAGGAAACCAGGGAAGAACUCAGAAAGGUGGAGAAUUGAUGUUGAGCUUGAAGCAAUGGUGGGAUUUUGACUAGUGAAAGGAUAUUCUUGAUGGAGAAUACAUCAUAAUUAAAGGCAGGUGUGAAAGCUGGGGAAGCCUCCUUUUUUUGGGUAGUGAUGAUAUUUAAAAAGUUAGCAGGUGCCAUGAACUGGGCACAGGGCAAUGGAGCAACUGGAGUAGCACAUGGAUUGGAUGCCAAUCCUGCCUUUGGUUACAUCCAGUAGCCCAUUUGACCUGAGUGUAGAACAAACGCAGUUCAAAUUUACUAAGAGCCUAUAAUUUCUCAGGCACUGUUCUAUAUGCUGUUCAUGAGUAAGCUCAUUUAGUUUGCAUGAAAUUCCAUGAAACACAGACAGUAAGUAUAUUUAUUUCUUAAGGACAAGAAAACUGGAACACAUAAAGGCCAAAAAUUUACUUACGUGACAGGGCUCAGAUUGCAACACUGGCCUAGUCCCUGAGGAUUUUAACCACUACUCAAAAUUGCCCCCCAUGGGCUUGAUGUUGGAGAUCUGGCCCAUAAAGGAAUUAACACCUUCCAAGUGAGCACGGUGGGCAUCACUCCACCUGGUUCUCAUAUCAGCUCUGAGAGGUGAGUAUAGUCAUUUUGCAAGGUAAGAAGACUGAGGCUUAGAGACUGAGUUGCCCAAGACCAUAUUACUAACACAGAAGACAGCUAGGGUUUGAACACAGGGCUGUGUUACCUCAGGACACACCCAGCUGACCAUAGGGUAUUCUGGUUUUUGAACCACAAACAAAGGCCAGGAGAAGUCAUUGAUGAUUUUAGAGCACAGUUGAGCUUUGCAAAGUGCUGAUCAGAAAGGAGAAACUUGAGAGGAGAAUGACAAGCAGGAAAACUAUUACAAUAUUUUAAGAAAGAAGUAAUAAGGAAUGGGGUGUCUGUUAGUAAUGACUGGUUAAAUAAGUAAAGCCAUAGAAUGGAAUAAAUGGGAACCAAUUUGAAUCAACCUGUGCUAACACUGCUAGGAUAUAAUUUCGAAUUGAAAAGCAAGAUUUAUAAAAGCAUGAUAGAUUUCUCCCACAUGUGAAAUUAAAAAGGGAGAGCGCACACGCGUACACACACACACACGUGAUGCCUAUAAAUGCACUUAAUUCUCUGGAAUGAUUUACGUAUACAUAAAUAUUGACAAUGAUUAAGUGUAGGGGGACAAACCUUGAAUUUAGAGAUUAGGGAGCAGAUUUAUUUUUAACUGUAUAUUAUACACAUACAUGAUUUUCCAAUAAAAUGAUUCAAUUAAACAAAAAAUUGAUGACAGCAUGAACUAAGGCAGUGACAGUGAAUCUAAAGAGGAGAGAUUAGAGAAGCAGGCGUUAAGGGUUGAGGAGAGGUGCUGGAGAAUGCAGAGGGCACAGGGGGGAUGGUGGUGUUCUCAGCCCCUCUUUGUCCUGUCCUUGUCUGCCCAGGGCCCAGGGAGGGAGGGCUCAGGCUGGAGGAGACAGGCUCUGGCCUGCCAACUGUGAAGAAGGAACAUGGGCAGCUCUGUAGUUCAGCCUCAUGCCCACGUCUUGCUUCCUUUCUCUUGGUUAUGGCUUUAACAUCAGAAAAACCUACUCUGCUGGAUGUCCCGUCCCCAUCUAGUCCCUUAUCUGAGUCCAUCUGCUUGGAGGGGGACACAGUUUUUAAAAGCAGAAUUUGAUGUGGUGGGCAGAGUUAGGGAUUUUCCUAAUAGUCUAGCGACCCGGAGUUCAAGGUGGUGAUUUAGACGCUGUGAGAUGGCAGUGGGGUGUAGAGCAGGCAUCUGAGAUCUCUACACUACCCUCCAGCAGGACAGCUGCAGGUUCACACGCUCUGUGCUGUGGCAUUUUGCUUGAAUACAGCAUCUUUUUUAAAAAAAAUUGGAAGACCACUGCCUCAGUGAUGCUUUGAUAAUAGUCUCAUCUGUUUUAAUGGAGAAAAUACCUCCAUCCUCAUCCCAGGUCACAGUCAAGUGAAAACAGCCAUGCCGUCACUACAAACCCCAGAGCACAGCUGCUUCUUGUAGCUCUGAUGCCUACUUCUGAGAGUCCAUCUUGGCAGCAGCUUUUGUUCCGAAACCACUGCUGUUUAGCACGUUUCUUCUCAAGUCUUGAUGGGCAUAUGAUACACUUAUUUUCUUAAAAUGAAAAUUUAGAUCCAGUAUCCUGGGCCAGUUCCCAAGAAUCUAUAUUUUCUUUCUUUCCUAAAGAUUUAUUUAUUUACUGGAAAGGCAGAGAGAGAAUGGAAAGAGAGAGAGAAAGAGAGAGAGAGAAUCUUCUGUCCACUAGCUCACUCCCCACAAAAGACCACAGUAAAAAGACCACAGUAGCCAGGUCUGGGCCAGGCCAAAGCCAGGAACUGGGAAGUUCAUCCUGGUCUCCUACAUGGGUGGCAGGGGCCCAAGCAUUUGGGCAUCUUCUGCUGCCUUCAAAGGUACAUUAGCAGGAACCUGGGUUGAAAUCAAAACAGGCAGAACCAGCAUUGUAAGCAGUGACUUAACCCACUGCACUGCAACACAAACCCCAAGAUUCUGUAUUUCUAACAGGUUGUGAUACUCCUGCUGCUGGUCAGGUAACAUUUUGUGUAGCAAGGCUUGGGAGCUUCCAUUUGGACCAGAAAUCCCACAACCUGUGUUGAUGGUGAUAUUACCUAGUUUGUCGUCUGAGGCCUCAGCUUGGUUGGGAGAUAGAAAUUACAUUUUAGAUAUAUGAGGCUAGUUAGAAUAUAUUAUUAAAAUGCAUUUCUGCUUCACAUACUGUGAUGACAAGAACACUGACAUUCUGCAGGUGGCUCCCACAGCAUUUCUGUUGAAUCAUGCUGCUCUAGAUGGUUUUCACCCACUCUCUUGCUGCACUUUCAUCAAGAACCACUUCAAACACAAACUGUCCUGGAUCUCGGGCCCCACAGCCUGAGGGAACAGACAAGGAGCGCAACCUGAACACACAUCCCAGGAACAAACUGGCAGGAGAUGCUGAGAGGGUUGCUGUCUGUGCACGUGCAGUUGGGCUGAUUUUCACACUGCUUUUCCGGGAGCUAUUGAGGCAUGAUCCCACUUGGGAUUCAACGGCUUCCUUCUGCAGGGGCGUCUGCACAUGUGUCACGCUGCUUCCAGCACCCUCCUCUGAGCAGGCCAGGCUGAUUCUGCAGAGCCUCCGUGUGCUUGAGACCCCUACCUCUGGGAGGAGAAAGGUAUAGCUCACGUGGAGUCAGGUCUGCCUACUUCAUCCACUGCAAACAUAUUCAUGAAGUUUAUAUGGACAGAGUGGGGAAAGUGGCCCAGGAGUCACAGGCAUUCUGGAGUGCACCUGGCCUUCCCCUCAUUACCUGUGAAAUCUCAGAUGCAUCACUUUACCUCUGUGGGCCAUGAAGCUCAGUGGGAAAUGAAGAGAAUCAAUGAAAACAGAAAGAAAUGGCCGGUGCCACAGCUCACUAGGCUAAUUCCUCCACCUGUGGCGCUGGUACCCCGGGUUCUUGACCUGGUUGAGGCGCCAGAUUCUGUCCCAGUUGCUCCUCUUCCAGUCCAGCUCUCUGCUGUGGCUCAGGAGUGCAGUGGAGGAUGGCCCAGGUCCUUGGGCCCUGCACCCACAUGGGAGACCAGGAGGAAGCACCUGGCUCCUGGCUUCGGAUCAGCACAGCACGCCGGCAGAAAUGUGCCAGCUGUAGCAGCCACUUGGGGGGUGAACCAACGGAAAAAGGAAGACCUUUCUCUCUGUCUCUCUCUCUCUCACUGUCUAACUCUUCCUGUCAAAAAAAAAAAAAAAAAAAAAAAGAAA